AUGUCGUCGCCCGCUUCCAGACCAUUAGAGAUCCGUCCAACAAGUCGAGGCCUUUCCCCGGCAGCGGGCUCUUCUGUUCACUCCUCUCACCACUCCAGACAUGCGUCGAUAGCGCGGUUGUCCUCCCCUGUACCCUCUCACCGUCUCAACACUCCUCCUGUCCAACAAGUUCCCACUCCUCAGCAGAUAGCGGCCGAUCAAUCCAGCGAUUCGACUCUCCCGAAACUGGACAGCGCUGGCUCUCUGCCGGGCCCUGGUCAAUCUGCCCUUUCUGCAGCCCUUGCUGAUGGAGCUCUUCGCACCCCUCCUGGAACCUCGACUGAUACGACCCCACGGCCGUCGUCGUCAAACGCCAAAACCGGGCUAGGAAACCAUGACAGAAUACCAAGAAGCAACUAUGGGUCUUUCGAUACUCGAGAGAUACCCGGGAGUCCCGUACCUACUGAAGAUCCUGAAGUAGUAAAACGACAUCUGGUGCAGCCAGACCAAGGGUCAGCCCGGCACGGGAGAUCUCUGCGCCUGGACCUGAACGAACCAGGCACUGGCUUAGGACCCGAUGAAUUUUCAAGUCUACGUUUGCAGGGAGGGGACAUUACACGAGCUGUCUAUCGGUGGGCGGAGGACCAGUCUGGAAAUCCACCAGGUCGUACACAGAGAAGCAAGAGCUUCAAUGUCCAGCGGCCGGAGCCAGAAAAUGAAGUCUUGGAUAUCCACCACAUCCGUGUUCCAGGUGGAUUCCGCCGACAUUACAUACGACGAGCUGCGGGGAGCCCUAGUACUGCAGCUCGAGCCUCGGAUGCUGAAGAAGCUGGGGGACACAGCGGCAGGGUGGUUUCCGCUGGACAUGCUAAGCCCAUGCUCUUCACCAACAAUUUCUUGGAAUUUCUGACGCUCUACGGGCACUUUGCUGGAGAAGAUUUGGAAGAAGAUGAUGAGGCUUUAGGGCCUGAUGAAUAUUUCUCCUCCGAUGCCUGGGAUGAAGGCAGUGAUGAAGAACCUGGCGAAGACAGUGCCCUGCUCACUGCCAGCACGCAUACACUCCGCAAGAGGAAGCACAAGGAGAGGGCCUCCCAAGGUAACAACGGCAGUUUGAAUGCAGCUCUGCUACUCCUGAAGUCAUUCGUGGGCACUGGGGUGCUCUUCUUACCCCGAGCAUUCUUGAAUGGAGGCAUGUUGUUCUCCUCGCUCGUUCUCCUCGCCGUCGCCGCCCUCAGUUUUCAUUGCUUUAUCCUGCUCAUUAAUACUCGGAACAAGGUUGAGGCAUCCUUUGGUGAGAUGGGCGGCAUUCUGUACGGGAAGUGGCUCAGAACAUUGAUCCUAUGUUCGAUUGUGCUCAGUCAGGUUGGCUUUGUAUCGGCUUAUAUUGUCUUCACGUCGGAGAACUUGCAGGCAUUUGUGCUAGCAGUCUCCAAGUGCAAGAGUUUUAUCGACAUCAAAUUCAUGGUCUUGAUGCAACUCGUCAUCUUCUUGCCCCUGAGUCUGAUCCGAGAUAUCAGCAAACUCGGCUUCACCGCUCUCAUUGCCGACGCUUUCAUCAUGUUGGGGCUACUCUACCUCUACUACUAUGACAUCUCCGAGAUUGUCCACCACGGAGGCGUGGCCGACAUUACUUUAUUCAAUCCAUCGACAUGGACCCUAUUCAUCGGCACUGCGAUCUUCACUUUCGAGGGGGUCGGCCUGAUCAUUCCGAUCCAAGAGUCAAUGAAGAAGCCGCAAAAGUUCCCGGGCGUCCUGGCUAUCGUCAUGGUCGUCAUGACGGUCCUCUUUACCUCGAUCGGAGCGCUGUCGUACGCGGCCUACGGAUCCAAAACCAAGACCGUCGUCAUCCUCAAUCUGCCUCAGGACAGCAAGAUCGUCAACGCCGUCCAAUUCUUGUAUUCACUCGCCAUCCUACUGAGCACACCACUGCAAUUGUUCCCGGCCGUCCGCAUCAUGGAGAACGAGCUUUUCAGCCGGUCGGGCAAGUACAAUCCUUACAUCAAAUGGCAGAAGAAUGUGUUCCGCUUCUUCUUGGUCUGCGUGUGCGCCCUCAUCGCCUGGGGUGGGGCUGGCGAUCUCGACAAGUUCGUUGCUCUGGUGGGAAGUUUUGCAUGUGUGCCGCUGGUGUACGUUUACCCUCCGAUGCUGCACUUGAAGGCCGUGGCUCGAGGGCCGUGGCAGCGCGGGCUGGACUAUGUGGUCUGCAUUUUUGGGUUCGUCGGAUGUGUCUAUACCACGGCUCUGACCGUGCAGCAAUGGGCGGCUGGGAGUUCGCCGAAGGCUCCCGGAUACUGUGAUUCAUAA